AGCUGCGGCCGCCGAGGGGGCGGAGCGGACCCAGAGAAGCUGCCGAGCCUCCGAGCGAGCGCUGUGUGCGCCGCCGCCGCCGCUGGUCCCGGCCCGGCCGCCGUGUCCGUCCGCUCGUCCGCCCGGCUCGACCCGCAGGGCGUCGGGGGGACGGAGGCGAAGCCCAGGCCGCGGCCGCAUGAAGGAGUGCGAGUACCAGCAGAUCCGCCCCGGGGCCGCCCCGCCGCCGCCGCCGCCCAGCGCCCCCCACUCCGGCUCCGGGCCGCCCCCGUCGCCCCGCAGGCUGAGCUCGGACCCGGGCCCCACCGCCGCCUCCUCCUUAUCUGCCACCGCCGUCCGGCCCUGUCGCAAAUGGGAGGUGUUCCCGGGCCGCAACCGCUUCUACUGCGGCGGCCGCCUCAUGUUGGCCGGGCACGGCAGCGUCUUCGCGCUCACCGUCGUGCUCAUCGUCACCACCACGACGCUCUUCUUCAUCUUCGACUGUCCUUUUCUGGCCCGCCACCUGACCCUGGCCAUCCCCAUCAUUGGGAGCAUGCUCUUCUUCUUCGUCAUGAGCUGCCUGCUGCAGACGAGCUUCACUGAUCCUGGGAUUCUUCCCCGAGCUACUCCCAACGAGGCAGCCGCCCUGGAGAAACAGAUUGACAGCACUGGCAAUUCUACCUACAGGCCUCCCCCAAGGACCAAGGAGGUGAUGAUCAAUGGGCAGAUGGUGAAAUUAAAAUACUGCUUCACCUGCAAGAUGUUUCGGCCCCCCCGGACCUCGCACUGUAGCGUGUGUGACAACUGCGUGGAGCGGUUUGACCACCACUGCCCGUGGGUGGGCAACUGCGUAGGAAAACGGAAUUACCGAUUCUUCUAUGCCUUCAUCCUCUCCCUCUCCUUCCUGACCUCCUUCAUCUUUGCCUGCGUCAUUACCCACCUGACUCUGCGUUCUCAGGGAGGCACCUUCCUUGACACUCUGAAGGAGACACCAGUGAGUGUGCUGGAGCUGGUGAUUUGCUUCUUCUCCAUCUGGUCCAUCUUGGGCCUCUCAGGGUUUCACACUUACCUCGUCGCCUCCAACCUGACAACCAACGAAGACAUCAAAGGUUCGUGGUCCAGUAAGAAAAACAUGGAGGCUUCCACCAACCCCUACAGCCAUAAAAGUGUCGUUGCCAACUGCUGUGCUGUGCUCUGUGGGCCUCUCCCCCCCAGCUUGAUUGACCGGAGGGGGUUUGUGCAGCCUGAUACCCAGUUGCCCACUCCCAUCAAGAAUGAGGAGCCCCCCUGUGGAGCCAAGCCGGAUGGCAGCAUGGUAGGAAGCCUCCCCUAAAGGAAACUGAGUGCUUGCCAGCCUGCCAGUCCCUCUUCCCUGCGCCCACUGCCUCCCUGUGCCUGCUGGAGCCGCCCCUGCCCCACUGGGUAGAGCUACCCAACACCCAAGUCAAGCCUCCUCUUUAUUUCGGCACUGGCCCCCCCCUUCAUGGCUGAGCUCUUCUGUUGCUGCCCCUUGCCCAUCCUCCGCCUAAGUUCAGGAGCCACGUGGAAAUGACCAGAGACUUCCUGCUGGCUCACAGCCGUGAGGCAGCAGAACCUCCAGCUGGGCAUAAUGGAGCUGGGCUGGGUUGGGGUGGGCUGGGGAAACAAGUGCCCACUUGGCCAGAGAGAACCAGUUUCUUUGCCUUUUAUCCCCAUGUCUAGCCGAGUAUGGAUAGAUGUGGGUGUGAGGGGGCCCUGGGCCUUGUGGAGACCAUGGACAGCUGUCACGGUGACAGUUUGGGGCCAGGAAGGCUCAGAGCUGGGAGAAGAGCAGAUCUUAGAGGCUGGGACACUGCCCAGGGCUUGGGGCCUGUCUUGUAAGGAAGAAGCCAGGGUUACCUUAUGGUGAGGGGAAGCAGGGUGUCCGGUGCCAGCAGGAGCUUGAUUGGGGGCGGGGGGAUCUCUGGGAACAGAGUGACCCAAGCUCAUUAGACUAAGCAGUGAGAGCCCUUCUGUCAUUCCCCCAGUCUUGGUCCAGGGACCCUCCACCAGGCCGCCCUACCUCCCCAGUGUGGGUGAAUCACCCACACACUCACACGCAUGCACACAAACACACACACUGGCAAUACUUGAAACUGGUUUUAUUGAAGCUGCUGGGUAUUUUGCACAAUUUUAUAGAACUCUUUUCUACAUAGAAUUUUUAAAAGAAAAAAAAAAUCCUCAGCCCUGUUGUUGUUUCUCUAGUGCUGGAUGGUGUUGGCAAGAGGCAGGUUGGUUUUGUGAUUUUGUUAAGAGACUUUCUGACUUGUUGUAAAAGUGUGUGUGUGUGUGUGUGUGUGUGUGUGUGUGUGUGUGUGUGUGUGUGUGUGUUCGUUCAUGCAUGCCUGGCUGAUUGGUUGGAUGGCUCCCACUCCCCAAAUGCCCUGCGGUUUAGCUUUUUUGAUUCCCACCCCACCUGUGGAGAUCUGAACCUAGCAGCCACAGGCAGGGAACCAGAUGAGGCAUGGGCACUGGGAGACUGAAUGAGAGAGAGAGAGAGAGAGAGAGAGAGAGAGAGAGACUGGUUGUGAAUGGCAGUGUGGAGUUCCCCGGGAAGGGGUGGGGCAGUCCCAUUCUAGGUGUCCUCCCACCCUCUCUUCCCACCCCUCACCCCCUCCCAAUCGGAGUCCCACAGACUUUGAUGUCAGAAAGCUGGUGGCUGGGUGACGCCAGGGCCCCCCCUCCCUUCCCCAAGCUGGGCUUCCGGCCUGAAAUCUGCCCCAACAGGCCAAGCGCAUUUGGGUGGGGUUAUGGGAGUUUCGAGAGAUUUGAACAAUCCCUGCAACCUAUGUCCCCUCCCCCCAAGAAAGAGCAUCAGAGAGGCUGGACCCAGUUGAGGGUGGCAAGCCCACUGACUAAUGCCCCUCAGCCUGUGACUUGGGGGACAAGGGCUGCUGGAGGGAAGGAAUGAGUGGAGCUUUAGUUGUGGGGAGAUUGAGUUCCUGGGUUCCAGUUAGGCCCAGUCCCUUCCCUCUUAGGCACCUCUUAGGACCGUCCUGGGUCCUUUGCCCAUCCACUCUGGACAUUCCAAGACACUACUGAGAGGAGCUAAGACAUUGGGACACUGCCAUGAAUGUUCCCCCCAGGCCCAGGGGCAGAGGGCUGGAGAGCCCGUUUGUCUAGAAGUAGCAAUUGCCCAGGGACCUCAUAGAAAGCUCAAAGCCGCCUGAGCGUCAGUAUCCUUGGCCCUGCGGAGGAAAGCAGGGGGGAACUGGCUUGGGGUGGGGGGAGCCCAUCUGCCUCUCAUUGAAGCCAGUGUUCUUUGUUCCUGCCUGUAAUAAAAUUUUUAUUUUUAAGAGUU